GACAGUUCUAGUGUGCAGAAAUUUAAGUAAACAAUAAACAAUCCGAGCUUUGCUCAGAAAAUGCUGCGUCUUCAAUAUUUUUAAUAAAACUGAACCAGCCAGUAAUAAUUCGCAUAGUUUUGUGGAAUCCAUAACCGGUUUUGUGGUGGCCGUUGCAUGUGUGCAGUGCAGAACCAUCUUAGUUUGCUCCGCUUUUCACAAUGAACAUAAACGUAUCGGAUCUGACGGAUAUUGCCCUGCAGAUCAUGGGCUACAAGAUGUACGAUCGAAACGGCAUACCGAUCGAUUCGCUGGACGCCAUGAUCGUAAAAUAUCAGCCCGACAAAGACAACCCGUCGGCGGGUAAGGGGAAAGGUACGAAGCGAAAACCAUCCAACACGCCGACACCAUCGCAGGACCACUUCAUGAUACAGUUCGGUCUGCCCGAUUUUAAAACCGUACUAGAUAAUCCGAAACAGUACGUUGAGUUCCAGAUGACAACGUUCGCCCAACAGCAGCAGGAACGUUUGGUAACGAUGCGUACGGAGGAUGACAUCCUCAAAUCGUCGCUCAAAUCCUUGCGAACGGCAAUUGGGAUACAGGUCGCAAAGGAAAAGUCAGCUUUAAAGUACAAAAUGAACAAGAUUUUCACCACCAUGAUGCAAGCGGAUGAUGCGGAACUGAUGUCACGUACCAAAUACGAUGUGCACGUAGGGCAACAUGUUCUGCUCAAGCAAGGGAUACUGUUGCGCGAGUUCAACAUGCUGCUGCAGCUGCUGAAACGCAUCAUGGAGGAUUUGUCCGACAAUUAUGCCCAUUACGACUUUGCCUUUUAUUUGCUGCAGAAGCUGUACGAACAAAUUAAAACACCGGACAUUCCUGUACACGCGUAAUUGACCACUGCAUGCACAUCCUGUCGAUCCGGUCCUGGCUCGGUGUCCAAAGGUCUAGCAGAAGAGUAAACGGAUGCGGCUCUGAGGACCCCUGGUUGGUCUGUAACUACUACCGUUCGUGAUUAUCGCUAGGAUUAAUAAACGCUACAUCCCUUACUCGCUCUCUCUCACACACAUA